UUGCUUUUUCCUCAUUUUGACUCCUCACAACGUCAUCCGAGCCUGAGCUCAGAGUCACGUGAAAGCCGCGAGUUAUCGCGAGACAGCGGCGGUCAGUCACGUGCUUGCAGAACUGCGAUAUAAACAUCGAUGGGGAGUUGAAUCAGUUGUUGAUGAUCAGCAGUGUACAGUGAUUUACCGUAGUACAGUCAAGCUGAGCAGGGACAUGUCCAGCACAGCCAUGAAGAAGAAGGUGCUGUUGAUGGGUAAGAGUGGAUCAGGAAAGACCAGUAUGAGGUCCAUCAUAUUUGCCAAUUACAUCGCCAGAGACACUCGCCGCCUGGGAGCCACAAUCGAUGUGGAGCACUCUCACGUGCGGUUUCUGGGCAAUCUGGUGCUGAACCUGUGGGACUGCGGGGGACAGGACACGUUCAUGGAGAACUACUUCACGAGUCAGAGAGACAACAUCUUUCGCAACGUGGAGGUGCUGAUCUACGUGUUCGAUGUGGAGAGCCGCGAGCUGGAGAAGGACAUGCACUAUCAGUCGUGUCUGGAAGCCAUCCUGCAGAACUCUCCUGACGCCAAGAUCUUCUGCCUGGUGCACAAGAUGGACCUGGUGCAGGAGGACCAGAGAGACCUGAUAUUUAAAGAGCGUGAGGAGGACCUGAAGAGACUGUCUCGCCCGCUGGCCUGCACCUGCUUUAGGACGUCUAUUUGGGACGAGACGCUGUAUAAAGCGUGGUCCAGCAUCGUCUAUCAGCUCAUUCCUAACGUACAGCAGCUCGAGUGCAACCUGCGCAACUUCGCUCAGAUAAUCGAGGCAGACGAAGUCUUGCUUUUUGAAAGAGCUACUUUCCUGGUGAUCUCUCAUUAUCAGUGUAAGGAGCAGCGUGAUGCCCAUCGCUUCGAGAAGAUCAGUAACAUCAUCAAGCAGUUCAAGCUGAGCUGCAGUAAACUGGCCGCCUCUUUCCAGAGCAUGGAAGUGCGCAACUCUAACUUUGCCGCCUUCAUCGACGUGUUCACGUCCAACACCUACGUCAUGGUGAUCAUGUCAGACCCGUCCAUACCGUCUGCUGCCACGCUCAUCAACAUCAGGAACGCCAGGAGACACUUUGAGAAGCUGGAGCGUGUGGACGGACCCAAAACACAGUCUGCACAUGCGCAUGCGCUAGACGCACAGCACACAGCGGUGGUGGAUGAUCCAGAAGAUUUCACUCGCAUGUUUCUGCUGAGAAACUACGUCACUUUAUGUGUAAAGGCAGUAACUUGCUUGUUUUCCUCGCUGAUGUUGCACGGGUCGAGAGGUUUUAAAUGUUGUCAUGACUCUUAAUAUCUGAUUUGUGUGCCAUACGGUGACUUAUGAGUUACUGAUAUUUAGGAACGCUACAUCAUAAAGUCUGCAUUCUUUCUGGUGUGGUCUGUUGUGUUA